AGCAACUAACAUGUGUGAAAAAUGAAAAAUUCCAAAAGGAAUAUGGCCGCCGUCAAAUAUGUGUGUGGUUGAAUGACGUUAAUAUUGUAAUGUAAAAAAAGUACGAAUUAAACCGACUUUUUGUGUAAGUGUUAAAUUUUGUGAAGUUUGUGGUCCAUGAUAGUGUUUAUUACUUAAUCGCCAAAAAUGGCCUACACUCGUCCAAGGGACUUGGAUGGGUUCUUGAUCCUUCUGUCGAAACCAGACACGAAAUUUCGACAACAGCUAGGAACCGAUCUUCUGACUUUUUUGGCAGAACCAUCCAAUCCGAUCGAUUGCCAGGACAUUGGACUGUUCGUAGACGGGCUCAUACCUUGGAUGCAAAGUAGCAACUAUAAGGUAUCUAGCAACGGCAUAGAAGUAUUGACAUAUCUGAUAGAUCGAUUAGGAACAGAUUUUAGGCAUUACAUACAAACAGUAUUACCAAACGUUAUAGAUAGACUGGGAGAUGCCAAAGACACGGUCAGGGAGAAAUCGCAAUUGCUCAUUUUGAAAUUAUUGGAGAGGAACGUCCUGACGCCACAAACCUUAAUUGAAAAACUACAACCGGGUUUUACGCACAAAAAUGCGAAAAUUCGGGAAGAAGUUCUCAGAUGUCUGGUAAAUACAUUAAACGAACAUGGAACGCAAUCACUAACACUGAACAAAUUCAUUCCAGACAUUGUUAAUCUACUUUCUGAUCCAACAGCAACAGUCAGGGAUACAGCAUUUAACACUUUAGUAGAUCUAUACAAACAUGUUGGUGAAAAGUUAAGGACAGACUUGCAGAGGAGGAACAUUGUACCUCAGGCAAAAUGGUUAGUGCUUUCAAGCAAAUUUGAUGAAGCCAGAACUCGAGGUGAACUUUUGGCGUCUGCUUCUCGAAACGUAGAUUUAAAUUGCGACGAAACUGACAGGGCUGUGAUGGCUAAACCUUUAGUUCCUGUGAAAAAGCCAUUUCUGGGCAGCGCUACAAAAGCUAGAAACGUAGCGUCUACUCCUAGCAGUGCAAAUUCUGCUGGUGCAGUUGAUGAAGAAUCGUUUAUAAGAAGUUUCGAAGACUGUCCAUCGAUAACAAUAUUUUCAGCAAAGGAAGUUAUUGAACAAUUAAAAAGUAUACAAGAAAUAAUUUCGGACACGAAUAAGGACUGGAAUAAAAGGACCGAGGCUUUGAAAAGAAUAAGAUCUGUAGCCAUUGCGGGAAUGUCGUACUUUGAAGAAUUCCACUUAGGUUUAAGAAAUAUGGAAAUAGCCUUGCAAGGAUCUUUAAAGGAUCUUCGUUCGCAAGUAGUUCGGGAGGCAUGCAUCACUAUCUCUUAUCUAUCACAAACUAUGGGCAACAAAUUCGAUAAGACUGCCGAACUUCUGUUGCAACAUCUGAUCAAUCUAAUUCAAAAUUCAGCGAAGGUUAUGGCAACAUCAGGUCAAAUAACAGUAAGGUUCCUCAUUCAAUAUACACACAGUACUAGAUUAAUUCCAAUUAUUACGAACAAUUCGAUAAAGUCAAAAAGUAAGGACAUUAGAAGAGCAUGCUGUGAAUUUUUGGAGAUGAUUUUAACCCAAUGGCCCAGACAUCCAUUAGAGAGGCACAUUCCUACUUUACAAGAAGCGAUUAAGACUGGCGUGGCGGACGCCGACCCAGAAGCUAGGGUCAUUUCAAGAAGGGCAUUCCGAGGUUUCAGAGACCAUUUUCCCGAUCAAGCUGAACAGCUUCUCCAAUCACUAGACCCGAGUUACCGCAGAGCUUUACAAGGCGAAGGAAUGUCGACUAGUUCAUCACAAAACAACAUCGCCAGCGGAUUUAAAACGCCGAGGACGUAUGGUAGAUCCGCGGUGGCCAGCGCGACAGAUUCGCCAAGGAAAGGUUUCAGAAGUAACUCGGCUAUUGACUUACAAGCAGCCCAAAGGGCCAAAGCUAGAGCGCAAUAUUCCGUUAUGGCUCGAACUAAAAUUCAGUCCGGCACUGCAAGUCUGCAGGGAGAGGUAGCUCAGCAAGCAAGGCCAAAAAGAUCUCCGGAUAUGAUAAAUACAGCAUCACCUGAACGAAUGAGCCGAACAAGGAGUCGAAAUUCACAGUCGCAACCUACAAGUAGGUCAGGAUCACCAAGUUCCCGCUUAGCCUACAUCUAUCACAGAACUCCAGAGCAUGAAUCUCCAAGACCUAGAAGAUUGUCUUCUGGUAUUCCCAGAUCGACCCAAAAUUCCAGAGACGUUUCUAGAGAAACUAGUCCAAACAGAAGUUUAAAUAGGUAUAGAAGAGGAAACGACAGACCACCAAUGAGUCCAGCUUCGAGACCAGUAUUGGCCCAAAAAAUUUUACAACAAAGCAGAGAAGCUGAAAAUGCUUUGGCGGAUGUUUUUAAUAGUUCCACAACAGACCAUUACAGAAUACCAAGGAAAAACAUUCGAUCUAUAGACAACCAAUCCGAUGAAUCUGAAACAUCUAGUGUCUGUUCGGAAAGAUCUGAAAGGUCUUUUGAUUCCUUUAGGAAAACAUGUGAUGAUAUAAACCAAAUAAUAGCGAUGUGCGCAAGUACAAAUUGGCAAGAGCGAAAAGACGGCCUCCUUUCGCUACAGUACUACCUCAGUUCUGAAGUGCCUUUGACUCCAGGAGAACUAAAACAUCUCACUGAAAUCUUUACUCGAAUGUUCAUGGACUCGCAUACCAAAUGUCUGAGCGUGUUUCUUGACACGCUUCAUGAAGUUAUCAGAUCGUACAAAGGAAGCCUCGAAUUUUGGUUGUACGUACUCCUCCAAAGAGUUUUUUUGAAAAUAGGUACAGAAACUUUGAGUUCGAUCCAAGGUAAACUCAUGUCGACGUUGGAUUUGAUCAAAUCGAGCUUCCCGAUCAGUUUGUUGAUAUCUAACGUGUAUCGAUUUCUCAUCGACGCGACUCAAACACCAAAUACUAAGGUUAAAAAUGUUGUUUUGAAUACGCUUUCCUCGCUUUGUAACAAUCCAGAUGCUGCGCAGUUUAUUUCGCAAGUUCCCGCUAGUCAAGCUCUCCUCAAGAUCAUUUCGUACGCUCAGGAUACUAAAUCUUCCGAAACUAGACAAGCCGCAAGGCAAUGCAUCGUAACCUUGUGGAACUGUAAUACCCCUCAAGUCACGAUGAUGCUAGCGGAACUUCCUAAGGAACUGCAAGACCUGGCAUCUAACGUUGUGCACAGUCAUAUGAGGAAGAGUUCGACGGGAAGCGAACCUGGAAGUCCCAUGACUGUCGGAAGUCCAAAACCUCUCUCUCCCGGUAUAUCUCCUCUUAGAGAUGGGUUUGAUCAAGACGAUAUCCACAGAAAAUUGAGGAAAACUACGGCCGAGAUUCAGAAUUACAGUUUUGAAACUUUAGGAACCAAACUAGAUAGAGAUAGAGACACAACAUCACAGGAUUCAGGCAUAUCCCAAAUGUCUGCCGGUAACGACGUUGCAAAAGAUUUAAAUUUAAUAGAAGAACAAAUGGAAGAAUUGACGAUUAGGCCGAACUUUAGUGUUAGAUCAGGUUCACGGUCGUUACCUUAUUCGGCUGUCAACGGUGUUUCCGAAAACGAAUCGAACGGUUUCAGAAGUUUAGGUGAAAUUAAAGACUCCGAACAAAUAGUGUUAAGUAUAAUAGAACAUUGUUUAGUGCCUGUCUCGAUAGAAGAGAAGCGUAAAUUAUUAUCUCAACUACACGAACUGAUCAAGUCAGGUCAGACUGAACACGUCAAAAAGAAUUUCAAAAAAAUAUUACGAAUCAUUAUCGACCAUCUCAACGAAAAAGAUACUACGAUACAGGUGACGGUACUUCAAACUCUCCGAGCUAUUUUUCAAGCUGCCGAUAUGAAACCAUGUUGGAGUGAUUUUCUCGAAUUGCUCACAAUACGUGUGCUCGACGCUCACAAAGACGAAAAACGAGAAGUUGUAAAAGAAGCCGAAUUGACGGCAGCCGCGAUGACGGUGUGUCCUUUCGAGGCAAUAGUAGCAACGGUUGCACCAAUGAUCAGUACUAGUCCGUAUCCCGCAUUGCUGGGUGCCAUCAAAAUGUUGACCAAGUUAAUCGAAGCCCAUCCGGACAAAAUAACGGAGGAACAUUUGAUCAAAAUCAUGCCUGGUCUCAUCAAGGGAACCGAUCACCCAGAGAGUCCAGUGAGGAAGAGCUCGAUAUUUUGCAUGGUCACAUUGCACAAGGCUGUAGGAGAGGAAAGGCUUUCCGCAUACAUGACCCAAUUGUCGGGCAGUAAGGUUAAAUUGUUGAGAUUGUAUAUUGAAAGAUCAGAACAUAAUAACUCGGUACCGACCAGUCCGAAAAAUAAUGGUAAUAGCUAGCCCACAAUGAAUCACAAAACAUAAAAAAGAAUAUUAUCUUCCAAAUUCGGCGAAAUUUGUAUUUUUGUAUAUCGCGAUUGUUGAUUUUUUUUUUUUUUUUUUUGAAAAUGGAUGAUAGAGUAAAAUUGUAAGGGUUGAAAUUGGAUUAAAGAAUAGUUAUCUAUCAAGUGACAUAUGUUGGGCUGCAUUUUGGAGAGCUGAUGUUAUCAAAUAGCGAUCUUCGUGAGGUGUUGUUAUCCUUUUUCUAGCAGGAUAAGCUCGUUUUGUAACUGUUCCACAUUAUAUAGGUUAGGAAACCUAUAAUUUACCGAAUGACUUCUUCUUAGUCUUCAGGUAAUACUCCCUAAUAAAGUAGCUACUGCUACCACUUAAUCUCGCCUCGAAAGUGUCCUUUAGACAAAACCCUUUCUCAAACUAUCAAAAUUAUUCAUUGUAUUGUGAAAACAAGUAAGGUACUUACAAUGAACAGUACAAAACCGGAAUACUUUCUAAAAUAACAUGCUUUGGAACAUUUAUAAAAAUCUAUGAACCAAAAUAUUUUUUUUUAAAUAUUUCUACUUUUUAAAUAUAAAUAGAGAGCGGAAAAAAUGUAUCGAAAUGUAUUUAUAAUACUUUGUAUAUAAUGUAAUUCUCGACAUUCUAAAUACACUUUAAACAAUAAAUAAUUGCAACAGAAUAUCUACAAUAAUCUCGCGCAAAAUUGUAACUGAAUUUAAAUUUCACUCUAAAAUAUUUUAUGUAGAUUAUUUUGAAGAAAUUACUGGGAACUUUGAAACAGUUUUAUUGCUUCAUAGGUACUUUAUAUGUGGAAAUAUCCAAUUCUUCUCUUAGGUAAAUGCUACAUUUGAAUAUUCUAGUGAAAAAUCCUCCCUAAUAUGCACAGUAAUACAUUUUUUUUUUUUAAACAAUAAAAUUAUACGGGAACUGCCCAAAAACUUUAAUAAUGGCAAUGACUUUAAAAAUUGGUCCUGAAUUCGUUUUGACUAGCUUAGAUACUUACUGUUUUAUAUAAAUUCAAAUUGCCUAAAAUGCCUUCUGCAAAUUCACAUUAGCUCUUGAGCUAUAACAGCGCUACUAACUCAAUCAAUGUGUUUAAACAAGGUGGACUACUACGAACUGCAUCGAUUGAUCUCUCGGAAACUGGAUUUAGGAAAAAUUUGAAAAUUUGGAAACUUGCUAGAUGUCUAGAACCUAUUCAUCUAAAAUAGUCUAUUGGGCACCUCCGAUUUUACCGGAAAUGUACCUUAAGUCGCUUAUUUUAAAUACGAAACUAUAUAUUAUUAUAUUUUUAGAUUCUAUUCAAGUUUAUAAGCAUAUUUUAUGUAUCACGUCCCAUACCUAAACGUUUUUGACCUAGAGACAUACAUUUGUUUUUAAUAAUGUUGAAAGAGUCUGGCAUUUUUAUUUCUAGAUUCUAAAAAUGCUAAAAUAAUUCCAAGAUAUAGCAAAAUAACUGCAAAUGCCCUUGCAGACUCGCGAUUCCAGAUUUCUUAACAUAGAUCCUAUUUUUUUCGUCAUUCGUCAUCAGCUCUCCGACUAUCGAGACUGCCAGUCCGCCAGCUUAACGAUGCUAGCAACCUCGAUAUAUUUCAUCCAUAUCCUAACGCCAUUUCAUGUUUAACACGAACAAAGCAUGCCCGAAGGUUCGAUCUUGUCAUGUGCUAUACAAUAUUGUCCAUUGAACAUCUUCCAAUACACCUUGACACAAGUGCACGUAAAAACUACAGAUGGUAGGCAGGAAAGGAACAAUACCAGCGAUGCCAACCUAUACGGCCUGUCCAACGAUCCAACGCGGCCAGUUCGUAUAAAUGCCAACAUUGACAAUUCCUUUUCCGAUUGCUCCAACGCCAACUCUCUGUAUUUUUCACUCGCACUUGUGCAACGUGUAUUGUUAGACGUUGAGUGGCUGAUAUUGUUUAAACUGGCUCAACCCAAGAUACUUGUUCAUUCUUGAAUAGCCAUUAUGAUUUUACUCUGCCAUAUUGCUUUUAGGUAGUUCGCUUUUGAGUUAAAUAUAUAUUUUGUUAUUUCUUCAUUAGAAAUUAAGAUUUAAGAUUUUUUUUACCUAAUGUCUAACCAUAAUUUUUUUAUAAUGCGAACUUUUCCAAUUUCAUCACUUUUCUUCAGGAUGUUCUUUAACAAAUAAUACGGCCAUCAGAUAUAUUUAAAUCGUAGUCGAUGAGCUUAUUUUAUUAGAUAUGUGCUAAAACAUAAUUAAGUUUUUAUUAAUUCCAAUAAUUAUAAUUAAACAUUAACAGAAAUUAAAAACACAUCGUUUUAAACAGUUAUAACACUAACUAGACGUGUAAUUUUAUUAAUCUACUUAAACAAAAUUUUUUGUUUUAAAUUAAACGAAUAGAAUACCAUUAGUUCAUACUUUCAAAUACGUUUUACAAACUUUUCUAAAAUUUGAGAAGGAGUUGAGAAAUGCUUAAUUUUGAGAUUUAAUUUUUAUAAGUAUAUAAGUUUGUAUAUUUAUUAUUCAAACUCGUUUUCUAAAACUUUUACAUCACUUAAAAGCAUCCCUACAAAAAAGCAGGAGUUAGUAAGCCACAGAAAAUUAAAUAAUAGUUUACUUGUCUUCGCUCCAAAUUCAUGAUUAACUGCUUCUGGUCCUAGUUAUUAUUUGUAAUUUUCAUUUUUCAAAUAAUUUUUUCAGUCUUUGAUCUGAAUUUCGAUCAUAAAAUAAAAUUGAUUUUUAUGUUGAACAGCUUUAGUACUAAGUUAAUUUUGUCAUGAUUCCAAACAAAUAUCUGAAUAAAUCUAUUCUUAGUAUUAUAAGUUAAAUAAUAUCCUGCGUAUAUAUUUUUUAGCCUUCAACUAAUUUAUUAUUAAAAUUAAUAUUGUUUUUCUUUUGAUUAUUAAAUGUAUAUAUAUUUAAUCUAUUAACUAUUGCCAUUUUUUCUUGAUACACUAAAUGUGAAAGCACUAUUCUGUGCCAUUUUUAACACGUAUAUUUGUUAAAUUAUUUAAUAAACGGAUAUUGAUAUUGAAUAUUCUCUUUGAUAUUGUUUUCAUGGUUAUGUUUUGUAUAGUUUCAAUUAUUAUCAUUGAUCUGUAUAAUAUAAUAAAUGGAUAGAGAACUCUUAUCAUUUGCCCUCUUAAGAAACAAAGUUACAUUUUUAUGAAAUGGUAUUAACUAUCCAUUUACUAUAUGUAUACAAAUCAAUGGUUAUUAUGCACAUUGAAUGGAAAAUGUAAGAUACAUUUUUUAGAUUUGAAUGGUAUUUAGGCAAAGAAACAAUGUUUUUAUUAUUACAUCCUUGUUUUUAAUUCAAUAAAUUAUUUAAUAAUGAAAACUGGCCUUCUAAAAUGUGUUAUCUAUUAUUGCAUCAGUAAAAAAAAUAAGAAUAUAAACACAAUGGUUCUGGGAAUAAAAAAUGCAGCACCUUUUUGAGAUAAAUACAGAAAGAAUGUUUUUGGCUCAUAUUUUCUUAUAUAUUUAAUUGGGUGAUUUCAUUUUUUCUGUUUGCUUUUUAAGGAGAAUAAUAAAAAUGACCGAUUAAACAAAAUAAUCAUAAAACUAAUAUCAAAUUGGCAACAAUCACUAAUAACAAAUACUAUUAGUUUUUAUUAAAUUUUAAAAGUUUUAAGCAAGCAUUAAAAUGUAAUAAAUUUUAAUAAUAACCAUCGUUAAUUAAAUUCAAUUUUGAAAAUUUGCUAAAUUUAUCAUGUUUUAGUAUCGGGUGGAUGAUACAUCGAAGUUACCAAAUUAAUUUUUGAAAUUCAUUGAGAUCCAUCAUUUUACACUCAUCCGAUAUUUAUGUGGCAACAUUUCAACUAAUAUUGAUUCAUUGAAAUCAGGUAUACAUCAAACUUUGUUUAUAAUAAUUUUAGAAAGUGAUUUCAUAAAAAUUAACAUAACGUUAAAGUAAAUGUACGUUUUCCAAUUAUUUUUCAUAAUUAAAAAAAGGUUUGUUUUGAUUUUGGUAAUACUUCAUUGAAAAUUAUCAAUUUUAUUGUAUCACAAUAGGUAUGACUACUAAUGUUAUAUAUAUUUAUCAAUUCAAAACAGUUGUGAUAAAAAUUACACAAAAACGUAUUUAUUAUUUACAAAAAAAAAUUAAAUGCAUACAUUGCAGCCCAAACUCAAAAUGCAGUCAUUAUUAUUGCAAGUUCUAGAACCAACCAUUAAUAUUUUUACCUAUCCUUAAUUAUGAAUUUUUAAGGAUAAACAGAUAGUGGCGACUAUAUAGCUAAGUCUUAUUUUAACAUUGAAUUUAUUUGCCUCUAAUAACUUUCACUAUUAGUGGCUUAUGUUAUAAAAAUUUGAAAUAUCUCUAGUGUCUACUUAUGAUUUUGUCAAAAAACAAAAAGAUAGUGAUCGGAGUUUCGAAUACUUUUCACAGUCUGCCCAGGAAUUUGUCUUUAUAUAAUUCAUGUAAAUUUAAGAGUUCACCCAAUGGUAACCUCUCCUUUAUAUUCUAUUUAUAAUGGAAAGCUAUCAAAAAGUAUCCCCCAGAAUAUCAUUUGAAAGCCCCGACAAUUGUAAUAGUCGAUAUUUAAAUCACAUCAAUGAUAUAAUAUGUAGUUAUAUAGAUUGCUCAUCCAUAGGUAAAUUGGAUAUAAAGCGUAGAGGAAUGAGAGCAAUCUCAUAUGGUUGUGUAUCGCAAAAAGUGUCCAUCAAAAAACAUUCAAUAAGAUUUUAUGAUGGCAUUACUGUACCAGAAUGGAGUUUGAAAUCACCGAAAAUUGUUAUAGUCGAUAAUUCGGAUUACACAAUCAACCAAUAAUGUAUAUAGGUAUACAGGGUACCAAUAAAAACUCCCAAUCCGGAUAUUUUGGUAAGUAAUAGAGAUAUUUUAAUUCUGUAAAAGCCAGUUCAUAGAACGCUAAGAGAGCUUCAGUUUUAGAUAUUAAUUAAUUUUAAAUAGGUCAAUAGGUAGAUGGCGCUGCGCUCAAUAUAUUUUUUUCGAUUGGAUGAUCUUUCUUAUUUAACGCAUUUUGUAAAAAAUGCAUUUUUAAGCAGAUUUUGUUCUAUAAACUAAUUCGAUAGAUCUAGCCAUUUUUGAUAUACAGAGUGGGUCACUCAAAAAAGUUUCAUCCUGUUUUUCGGCAUUAAUCAUUGGAUUUUUAGAAAAUGCUAAAACAAGUCGAUUUUUAUUCCCAAUUAAACACAUUUCUACAAUGCAGACAUCUGUCAUGUGUCAACCCCCUCCCUUCUACUUCUCCAACCCCUUAAUUUUAAAUAAGGAAUGUAUCAUGUACGGCACAUCAUUAAAAAGGUAAUUUUAUGGGGAAGUCAGAAAUAUGACACUUAAUGCGAUAUAUUUCAUUUUAGCGCCCUCUAUCGGGAUGAAACACCUGUAAUGUAUUAUAAAGUGUUACACUUCAUUUUAAAGCUAAUUUAAUUACUAAUUCAAUGCACCACAUAACAUUAAUAUAAAUAUUUUCAUAUUGCACUUAGAACAAAAUAAAAUUAGCAAUAAUGUUUAAAAUAAUGCAUGAAUAAUUUUCAAACUAUUGCAAGUGCAAUAUGGAGGAUAUUUAUAUAAAUGUUAUGUGCUGCAUUGAAUUAGUAAAUAAAUUUGCUUUUGAAUAAGGUAUCACACUUAAUAAUACGUAUAGUUUUUUAUCCCGAUAGAGGGCGGUACAAUUAAAAGUAUCGCAAUGGACAGUCAUAUUCUAAAUUCCCUAUAAAAUUACCUUUUUAAUAAUAUACUACACAUUGUAGUGUCACACUCUAUAAUACGUAGUAGUUUUUUAUCCCGAUAAAGGGUGAUAAAAUUUAAAUAACGCAAUAUACAGAAAUAUUUCUGAAUUCUUCUUUAAAUUACCUUUUCAAUGAUGUGUCACACAUGAUACAUUACCUAUUUAAAAUUAAGGUGUUGGAGAAGUGCAAGAGAGGCGGUUGACACAUGACAGAUGUCUGUAUUGUAAAAAUGUUUUUAAUUUGGAAUAAAAAUCGACUUGUUUUAGCAUUUUCUUAAAACCCAAUGAUUAAUGCUGAAAAACAGGAUAAAACUGUUUUGAGUGACCCACUCUGUAUAUCAAAAAUGGCUAGAUUUAUCGAAUUAGUUUAUAGAACAAAAUCUGCUUAAAAAUGCAUUUUUUACAAGAUGCGUUAUAUAAGAAAGAUCCUCCCAUCGAAAAAAAUAUAUUGAGCGCAGCGCCACCUACAUAUUGACCUAUUUAAAAUUAAUGUAUAUCUAAAACUGAAGCGCUCUAUGAACUGGCUUUUACAGAAUUAUAUCUCUAUUACUUACCAAAAUAUCCGGCCUGGGAGUUUUUAUUGGUACACACCCUGUAUACAUUGCUGGCCCAUAUGUAAAUUUUAAUAAAGGCCAAAAGUUAAAUUUUAUUGUAAUAUAAUAAUAUUAACAUUAUUAACGUGUGCAAUCAAAAGACGUUGAAGUGGUCACAAAUGUUCAAAAAAUAAUGUCGCAAUUUUUCCAAGCCACGGUACGUAUAAAAUAGUUUUUUUUAUUUGUAUCAUCUUAUUUAGAUAGCCUAGUUUUAAAACAACCUUACGGACGUUUCAUUGGAAACAAGUACAGAACUUGGCCGUGCCCUAACGCCCCCUUGAUCACUGAGUAUAAAAUUCCAAAUACAUCAAACAAUUAUGAGUGUUGAAAAUUAGAGGAACCGCUGUAUACUAGAACUAAAGAGAAUUCGUCGUCUGAUUUACGUAUAGAUGAGUCAGCUAUGUAACUAUAUAUAUAUAUAUAUAUAUAUAUAUAUAUAUAUAUAUAUAUAUAUAUAUAUAUAUAUAUCAUUGGAUCUUGCUCUUCUACUACACAAGAGUCAUUCUGUUCACUUUUUGAAACCUUAUUUACUGUUUUUAAUUGGACACUUUUUGAAAUGAACAACCGUAUGAGAUUGUCCUUCUUUCCUUUACACUCCAUACUUAUUUAAUGCUUUUUGGUGGACACUUUUUUAGAUAAAUAACAAUAUGACAUUGUCCUGUAGAGAAACUACACUCGUAUAUCUUAUUUACAUUAUGGAUGAACAAUCUAUAUAACGAUAUACUUACAAAGAUAGGUCUCCUUACCUCUACUUUUCAUAGUACUAAAAUUGGAACCAGAACUAUGUAAUCAAUAAUAUACAGAGUGUUUCCUAAGUAAUCUGAAAUAUUGUUGUGGGCGAUUCGUCAUUUAAUUUUAAGACGAAUAGCUUCUAUAAACAUGUGUAAUAGAUUUUAUCAUUUAUGAGUUACAGGGCGUUGACUUUUUUGUAAUAAUAGGAGCUCUAAGUGAAAGUUACCAUACAUUUUCCUUAGUGGCGCUACUGGUUUCCUAAAUUACAUACAAGGCUGUAAUAUUAUUCGCAACAUUCCUGGCCACUUCAAAUGUAUUUAAACGUCUACUAUGAAAUGUAAUACUACUUUUAUAUAAUAAAAAAAUCAACACCAUGUAUCUCAUAAACCACAAAACCUAUCGCACAUGUUUAUAGGAGCUUUUCAUCUUAAAAUUGAAUGACGAAUCGCCCACAAUAUUUUAGAUUACUUUGGAAACACCCUGUAUAACGUAUUAUCUUGCCAUGUCCACAUUUUUAUUAUUAAAGAUGUCUACAAGAAAAUUAUUUAAUUGCCAGCAAAAAACGAAAAACUCCAUCAAUGUUAAAUACACACAUCGCCAAAAUUCUUGUCAAAAUGAGACACUAUUAUUAAAAGUCAAGAAGUGUGUUACAUAGUACUUUUAAUUUGGUUAUGUAUCCAAUACAAAUUGGCUGAAUUAAAUUUUAACUAAACAAGAAAAAAAUACGAACGAAAAAUUACUAGAAUUUGAAUUCCAUAAGAAAACCACUUUAGAUCAAAAUCAAAAAUUCGGUGUGUCCUUCCCUCUUCUAUAGUAAGGUAUUAACUCACCUGUGCAGGGAAACAAUAAGGGUGUUGAUGUAAUCCAUUGGGAUGUUCUUCUUGGGCCGCGACUGUGAAUUUCUGGAGGGUGAUAGGAGGAUUAAUUCUGUUUGUGAUUGCUCUUCCAACGAAAUCCCACAAUGUGCUCAAUGGAAUUCGUAACUGGCGAAUUUGCUGGCCACGGUAUUUGAAUAUUCUGAAAGUCUAGUGCAUUUUGUACCCUUCUCGUGCGAUGAAAAUAAAAUUGGCCCCAAUUUCAUUUCAGAGAGGAUAAAUAAUGGGUUCAAUAAUGUUUCGAACAUAUCUAUCAGCUGUCAUAGUAUCUGGAAUGGGAAUAAGCUGCGUAAGACGACCAUGCCUCCCCAAAACAUUACUGUUCUUCCUUGGUAUGGAACGACUUCUCUGGCAAAAGAUAGUCUUUCUGGUCGCCCUGGCCCUCUCCAAACUCUGUGUCGCCGACUAUCAGUAAUUAAACCAUAUCUGGUUUCGUUCUAAAAAAGAACAUUUCGCCACUGAGCUAAAAGCCAGUCUCUGUGUUCCUGUGUCUACUGUAAACGAGCAGCUAUAUGUCUGGGAAGUAACUUGGAUACUCUUAAUGUUCUCCUAGAUCGUAAAUUGACUCCAGCAAGUCUCUGCCGUAUUGUGGUACUGGAAAUGAAUCGACCAUACGUUCUUCUAAAAUGAGUUCGGACAGCUGAGACUGUUACAGUUCGAUUCCGACGUACAUAACCUGCUACAUACCGAUCUUCUCUUGGAUUAGUUACCCUAGGACGCCCAGUCCCACGUCUUCAGUCAACGCUAUUAGUUUCCUGGUACAAACGCACUAUACGGAUAACUGAAGCGCGGGGAAUCCCUAGUCUAUCUGCGAUUCGAUGAUUCGUCAGACCCUAAUCAUGCAAAGCCACUAUUCUUGCUCUAUUGAACACUGAAAUUCUAUUGCCAGGAAUAGUUGCAAAGAAAAACUCAACAAUCACUUAAACACGCAAAAUUGAUAUAAACAACUUUUUAAAUAUUGGUACCUAAAAUUUGUUUUUGUAAACAUAAAAAAAACAGCCAUGAUUAAUAUUUCCUUUUAAUAUUUACGAGGGGGGUCCAAGAAUUUUGGCGAUGUGUCUUUUGAAUUUGACAGCUUUCACCACGUGUUGUUCAUCUCCGUCUCAUGCACAUAACUACAAAUAGCAAGCACAAAACACGACAUACAGUCAGAUAAAUAUGAGUUUGAGCUGUAACAUAUGUUGACACUUCCAACGAAUUGUUGCAUAUGAAAUGAGAAUCUUAUAUUACAAAUUUUGUCAAAUGUUUUGCUAUUUAAAUUUGAUUUUACAUUUUUAAACUUAGAAGGAACGCUUUAGAACACUGGCGAUGGGCUAAAAAUUACAGAACCAACUGGAUAGCAUCUUUAAUGUCUUGUUUUAACUUUUAUCGUUAAUCAAAGAUAUUCAUAUCUUUAAUUUUUAGUUAUACAAUUUCAUAAAUUCCACAACAAAAAUCACCUUAUCUGAAAUUUCUCCAGGUCAUAGAUACUUUGUGAUUAUUAGUUUUAUAUAUAAUGUAAAUAUUUGACUUUGAUGUUUGUGAACCAUUAUUUUCAAUACCGAUUCUACCUUUCAAAUUAAUCAGAUUUUUGUUAUAAGCUGCCUUAUUUCUUUAUAACUAGUAAAAUUUAAAAAGCUGUUUCCAGUUUUAUUAAGUUUUAAAACGACUACAUUUUAUAAGAUCUGGUUGAUUUAAAAGAUGCUACAUUCAAGUAGUGAUGGCAAAACGUUUAAAAAUAUUGAAUAUAAUAGUUGAUUUUUUAAUGUAAUGCCAUCUCGGAAGAUAUUGGUUAAUGUAGUUGUAAGAUACAUGUACUUCUUUAUUUAAAAUGUUGGAUCAUUUUUAUAUUUGUUUGUUUUCUACAUGAAUGUUUCUACUUAAUGUUGUUCAACUUCUAACCUGUUAGAAAGUGUUGUGAGUUAAUAAGAAAUUUUUAAUAUUUUUGAAGCACAGUUGUACCAUUUUGACAGUUAUAGAUUUAUAAAUUAUACAAAUUACUCUGUUUUAUUUAGAAGUAUAAUAGCUUGAAAGAUGAAAAUAUUUUAUAUGCCAAAAAUAAUGAUGUAUUAUUUAAGGAAAAUAUGCUACAAUACAUUUGUAAAACAUCCUUGAUGAGUUGUAUAUAAAGUAGUUGUAAUUUUUUAGCAAGGUUAACUGUACUCUUAUGAAUUAGCUUCUCUCUGUGAACAUUAAUUUUUGCUACUUAUAAUUAUCAAUUGCCCAUUAUGUAAUUAUUAAUAAUUAAAAUAAAAACUUUAAUUGA